CUAUUGUAUGAUUUCAUCUUUAUGGUUCCUGCACACUGGACGCGGAAACGCUUAUUGCUACCGCAUUACAUUAUUUGCCGCGCGGCAAGCGUUUCCGCGUCCAGUGUACAGGAGCCAUUAGCGGCUCCUAAAAUUGCACCUUUAUUGCACCAUGUGUACCAGUUCAGACAGGACAAGAAUAAAGAACAGAUUUCUCAUUUUUAAACUAUUACCUAACCUUUCUAGAGAUUCGCGACAACGCGUCAUGUUAUAUCGUGUAUGCUAAUUUUCACGAUUUUGAUAAUCUAUGAAAUAAACAUUUCUCUAAAAUAUAUCCGUGACAAUUUGCAUCGUUAGGUGACGCCCAGUCAUGUAUUCUAUAUGUAAAAGUACUCAUCCUGCAACUGGAGUCGAGCACGCGAUCACAUGCCACUUUUUCAACCGUAACGAGAAAUGUCUCGUUGUUGCCGGCGCGAAUGUUAUACGAGUGUUUCGUCUGAUUCCUGAUGUGGACAUGACAAGAAGGGAAAAAUAUACAGAAACACGUCCCCCUAAAAUGAAGCUGGAGUGCUUGACACAAUACACUUUACAUGGAAAUAUCAUGUCCAUGCAGGCCGUUCAUCUCAUUGGAUCACAAAGAGAUUCUUUGCUGCUUAGCUUUCGUGACGCAAAGCUAUCUGUUGUUGAAUAUGAUCAGGAUAUUCAUGAUCUAAGAACUGUGUCAUUGCAUUACUUUGAAGAAGAAGAAAUAAAGGAUGGAUGGACAAAUCAUCAUCAUAUACCAAUAGUAAGAGUGGAUCCCGAGGGAAGAUGUGCAGUAAUGCUGAUAUUUGGUAGAAAAUUAGUUGUACUACCUUUUCGUAAAGAUCCUAGCCUUGAUGAUGGUGAUUUACUUGACAGUGCGAAAUUAACAUCUACUAAUAAGACUCCAAUACUAUCCUCAUACAUGAUAGUAUUGAAAACACUGGAGGAAAAGAUGGAUAAUGUGAUAGACUUACAAUUCCUACAUGGAUAUUACGAACCUACAUUAUUAAUUUUAUACGAGCCAGUAAGAACAUUUUCAGGUCGUAUUGCGGUAAGACAAGAUACUUGUGCAAUGGUUGCCAUAUCUUUGAAUAUACAGCAAAGGGUUCAUCCUAUUAUUUGGUCUGUCUCCAAUUUACCAUUUGAUUGUUAUCAAGCUGUACCUGUAAAAAAACCCCUAGGUGGUACCCUAAUAAUGGCAGUUAAUUCGCUUAUUUAUUUGAAUCAAAGUAUACCACCUUAUGGAGUAUCACUUAACAGUUUAGCAGAUUCAAGUACAAAUUUUCCAUUAAAACCACAGGAAGGAGUAAAGAUGAGUUUAGAAGGAUCACAGGUAGCAUUUAUAUCUGCAGAUCGUUUAGUUAUUUCUUUGAAAAGUGGCGAACUCUACGUUUUGUCCCUCUUUGCCGAUAGUAUGCGAUCUGUACGUGGAUUUCACUUUGAUAAGGCUGCUGCUAGUGUGUUAACAUCAUGUGUAUGUAUGUGUGAGGAUAAUUAUCUUUUCCUUGGUUCUCGACUUGGUAAUUCGUUACUUUUACGAUUCACGGAGAAGGAGCCGGAAACUUUGAAAAAUUUGAAUGACAAUGAGAUUACCAUUGAAGAAAAUGAGAACGAAGAAACUCCAGCCAAGAAAACGAAGCAAGAUUUUCUUGGUGAUUGGAUGGCAUCAGAUGUAUUAGAUAUCAAAGAUCCAGAAGAGCUAGAAGUAUAUGGCAGUGAAACUCAUACAUCCAUUCAGAUCACUUCAUAUAUUUUUGAGGUAUGUGACAGCUUAUUGAAUAUUGGACCUUGUGGAAAUAUUUCAAUGGGAGAACCAGCUUUCCUGUCGGAAGAAUUUCUACAAAAUCAAGACCCUGAUGUAGAACUUGUGACGACAUCUGGAUAUGGAAAGAACGGUGCACUUUGUGUACUACAACGUUCUAUACGUCCUCAGGUUGUGACAACAUUUCAAUUGCCAGGCUGUGAAGAUAUGUGGACUGUCAUUGGCAUCGUAAACAAUGAUGAAAUCAGAACAGAAGAAGGAUCUCACGCUUUCUUAAUAUUAAGUCAAGAAGAUUCAACUAUGGUUCUGCAAACUGGUCAAGAGAUUAAUGAGGUAGAUCAGAGUGGAUUCAGUACACAAGGGAGUACAGUAUUUGCCGGUAAUCUUGGUGCUAAUCGGUACAUUGUACAAGUUACUCAAAUGGGAGUGCGUCUUUUACAAGGCAUCGAACAAAUUCAGCAUAUGCCCAUAGAUCUUGGAUGUCCAAUUGUACAUGCAAGUUGUGCUGAUCCAUAUGUAGCAUUAUUGUCGGAAGAUGGACAAGUAAUGUUAUUGACACUUAGAGAAGUAAGAGGUACAGCAAGAUUGCAUGCUCAGACUGCCAAUCUACUAUUUCGCCCUCAGAUAGAAGCGUUAUGCGCUUAUAGAGAUGUAAGCGGGAUUUUUACAACGCAAUUAUUUGAGAACGCAGAUGAUGAACAUACUGAAGAAGAAUACAAUAUAGAGGAACCGUCUGUACUUAACAAUAUUGACAAUGAAGAUGAUCUAUUGUACGGCGAUGCUCCAGCAUUUCAAAUGCCUGCACCAUCAUAUCUAAAAGCAUCGGAUGGCACUACUAAAAAACCGCCUUGGUGGCAAAGGCAUUUGCAAGAAAUUAAGUCUACAUACUGGCUACUUGUAUAUAGAGACAGCGGAACGCUGGAAAUUUAUUCUUUACCUGAUUUACGAUUAUCUUACCUUAUUCGCAAUUUUGGCUAUGGCCAGUACGUAUUACACGACAGUAUGGAAUCUACAACUUUACAAUCAACUCCGAUUAAUGAGAUCCCUCAUCCUGAUAUGCAGGUCCGUGAAAUUCUGAUGGUUGCUCUAGGACAUCAUGGAAAUCGGCCAAUGCUCUUGGUACGUCUUGAUUCGGAUUUGCAAAUCUAUCAAGCUUACAGAUACCCAAAAGGAUAUCUAAAAUUGAGAUUUAAGAAAUUGGACCAUGGAAUUAUCCCAGGACGUUUAAGUCCAAGACCCAAAGAAGAAGAUGUUCCAAGGAACAGGAACAUUACUCGCAUCUGUGUCAUGCGUUACUUCAGCAACAUUGCUGGAUAUAAUGGAGUAUUUAUCUGCAGCGAUUAUCCACAUUGGAUAUUUUUGACUGGACGCGGUGAAUUACGCACACAUCCAAUGGGCAUUGAUGGUCCUGUUACAUCUUUUGCGCCUUUUAAUAAUAUUAAUUGCCCUCAAGGUUUUCUGUAUUUUAAUAGAAAGGAAGAGUUAAGGAUAUGUGUUUUACCAACUCAUUUGUCGUACGAUGCUCCAUGGCCAGUUAGGAAAGUCCCUUUGCGAUGUACUCCUCAUUUUGUUACGUAUCAUCUCGAAAGCAAGACUUAUUGUGUUAUAACAAGCACAGCUGAACCUCUGAAAAGUUACUAUAGAUUUAACGGCGAAGACAAAGUACUGACAAAAUUAUAUUAUUUAUUUCAAUUUUCCAGAAUAUUUAUUAAUAUCUAUUUAUUAAAUAUCAGGCGAUAUUAAAAAUUAAUAUAAUUUAAUAAAUAUAUUUUUUUAUUAAUUAGGAAUUUAUUAUUUUCUCCAGUUUCAUGGGAAACUAUUCCUAAUACAAAAAUUGAGUUGGACCAAUGGGAACAUGUCACUUGCUUAAAGAAUGUAUCUUUGGCUUAUGAAGGAACGAGAUCUGGUUUGAAAGGUUACAUAGUAUUAGGAACAAAUUAUAAUUACGGCGAGGAUAUCACAAGCAGAGGACGAAUACUUAUAUUUGAUAUAAUUGAAGUAGUACCUGAGCCUGGCCAGCCAUUAACCAAAAAUAGAUUUAAACAGAUUUAUGCAAAGGAACAAAAGGGACCUAUAACUGCUAUAACACAAGUAUCAGGAUUUUUGGUAUCAGCUGUUGGACAAAAAAUUUAUAUUUGGCAAUUAAAAGAUAAUGAUCUUGUUGGGGUUGCUUUUAUCGAUACUCAGAUCUAUAUUCAUCAAAUGCUUAGUAUAAAAAGUCUAAUUUUGAUAGCUGACGUCUAUAAAUCCAUUAGUUUGCUGAGAUUUCAGGAAGAAUAUAGAACACUUUCUCUUGUCAGCAGAGAUUUUAGACCUGCGGAAGUAUAUACAAUAGAGUAUUUAAUUGAUAAUUCAAAUUUAGGUUUUAUCGUAGCUGAUGGAGAGAGUAAUUUAGCUUUAUUUAUGUAUCAACCGGAGUCCAGAGAAAGUCUGGGAGGUCAAAAGUUAAUUAGAAAGGCGGAUUUUCAUUUAGGACAAAAAAUAAACACUUUCUUUCGUAUUAAAUGUCGAAUCACUGAUCCGGCAAAUGAUAAAAAACAGUUUUCUGGCGCUGAUAAAAGACAUGUUACUAUGUAUGCAUCUUUGGAUGGCAGCCUUGGUUACAUUCUGCCAGUUCCAGAAAAAACAUAUCGGAGAUUACUUAUGUUACAAAAUGUAUUGGUUACGCAUAUCUGUCAUAUUGCAGGUUUAAAUCCAAAAGCUUAUCGCACAUAUAAAAGUUAUGUACGAAAUCAAGGAAAUCCAGCAAGAGGUAUUAUUGAUGGUGAUUUAGUUUGGCGUUAUCUUUUUUUACCUAACAAUGAGAAAGCAGAUUUAGCAAAGAAAAUUGGAACGCGAGUUCAAGAGAUUAUUGAAGAUAUUAUCGAAAUCGAUCGACAAACGGCUCACUUUUAAUUGCAAUUGUAUUAUAUUUAUGUUUAUUAGCCAA